AUGUCCAUUGCAUGUUCUGCCGAAUGCCUGGAGAUUGCUGAAAGUGCUGAAUGGGCACGCGUGAAACUGUACAAGCACGUCUUGCUGACUGAGGAUAUUUGCUCAGCCAGCUUCCUGCAGGACGCGGGACCCGUUAAAGGCUCACGCCUGUUGGCCACAGCUUUGCAUGCGGAUGGUCAUUUUGGGGCAAUGCUGUUGCUCAGUGCAGAGACGCUCAGGGCGAACCUGGCCAUUCCCGCAAAGGAGGGCUUUGUGGGCGGACCGUCCGAUUUCACGAUAGGCGGAGCUCACCUGGAGAGUUCCAGUGGGCCUGCGAAGGGCGACUUUCUCUUCGAGAACAUGGCUGUGGCAAGGCAUGUGGGCGAGUUUCGUUCCUGUGAAGACGGCUUCUCUUUAAAGAUUGGAAGCAGAAUGGCACACAACACCCAUGGGUCAGAGGUUCUUACAUGGGACCGGGGCCCAAACUGCUUUGAAAAGUUUGUCACGGCCUGCAAAUGGUACCACAACAAUUUGAAGGACAAUGAGCGCCACCUUGAUGCAGCGAGGGUUCGGAACAAGCUGACCGGCGCGGCGAAAGGCAUGGUCCGCAACUUGUCGCCGGAGGAGUUCUGUGGAGAUGGCAUCAACAAGUUGUUGUCGGUGCUGCGGGAGUCUCCUUUGCAGAAGCUCCCGAUCGUUACGUCAUAA